AUGUCGACAAUUAACACCCGAGCUGUGCUCACCCUUGUACUCGUCGCAUCGCUUCAAGCGCUCGCCUCGCCCAUCACCGUCGGACCCGAGCAGGCCUUGGCAGUCCGUGCGCCGGCACCCGCCGUUGCAGCCACCUCGCGAUCCCAACAAGGUGCAGAUCGAUAUGCACGACUCACGACUCUUCACACUCGCGACGAAGAGCAUCUUUUGGAGGCACGACUUCUCAAUGACAUGAUGAUCGAGCAAGGAUUGGCUGUCCGAGGUGCUGAAGAAUCCGAGGGCGAGGACACCACGGAGGCUGAGACGGACAACGAAGCCGAGGUCGAGGAGACAGCCGAGGAGGUCAUUGAGCGCCGCAGCAACUCACGGGUUUUUGCUGCGUCGGCUCGCCCCAUUCUCGCUGGAACGAGACCGUAAGUUCAGUUGAUUCCAGCAGAGAAGCUACCCCAGCCCACUUAAGCUAACACCGUACGAGCCCCGAUGCUACUCUCUUUCAGCCCUCGCGUCAUACCCAACCCGAAAGAUCCUGACUUUGGCAAGCCUACGGCCACGUCGGUGCGCACAACCAUCACGACUACGUCAACCAAGUCGACGGCGACGACUACCCCAAGAGUAACGAUCGCUACAGGGACCACUACCACCACUUCCACAGCCACCACGUCCACCAGGGCCACUACCACCACACGAAAUGCUGCCCCCGCGUCGAUUCCGACCGGGCUCGGUUGCUUCCCUAGCACCGUCAGGACGAUCCCGACCGGUGUGAACUACACCGCCGCUGAUCUCGCUGCCAACUGGUGGUGCGCCGACUCGACCGAAUACGCUUUCAUGGGCUUCUCCUACUCGGUCGAAGAAUGCCAGUCCCCUUCGACGUUGCUCGCUGACUUUACGCGCAUGCGCAAGCAAUUCGGCGCUCGCUACGUUCGUCUCUAUGGUGCGUGCGACGCGGCCUGGUUCAAUGACGCUCUCGUCGAUGCUGCUGCUUCGGCGAACCUCGGUGUCUACCAUUUGAUAUGGUUCGGCUUCGACGGUGACGACCAAUGGAAGACUCCCUACAGCGCCUUUGUCAAGACGAUGCGCACGAACCCCAAGGCGCCGUUCGUCUUCAAGAAUGUCGCUAUCGGAUCCGAGCCGCUGUACGACGGGGUACUUUCGGCCACCGACUUGGCGACCGAGAUCCUCAGUAUGAAGAGUAAGAUGGCACCGUAUGGAACAAAGGUCACCUUCUCCGAGAUGCCAUACGGGCUGCAAAUCAACAACGGCGCGCCGUCCACUAUGGCCGCGGCCGACUUCGUCGAAGGCAACGUCCUCCCCUUCUUCGACUCGCAGGCCACGACCGGAGCAAAUGCCUGGGGGGUCGUUUCCUGGUCACUCAGCUACUUUGCUUCGCUUGCACCGGGCAAGAUCAUUCGGUAAGGUCGAUUCAUGCCGUCAUUGGUUGCGAUCGGCCCUAGCUCACCCUCCCUGUACUCUUCGUAUGUGCAGCAUGACCCAAACCGGCUGGCCGUCUGAUCAAUCGGUGUGGAAGGCCAACACCCCAACGGCCGUUUCGAGCAUCUCGAGCGAGGCAUCUUAUUACGCUUUACUCGACUCCAAGUGCUCCUGGUUCAAGGCGAACGGGGGCAUCGGGUGGUUCGCGCACAUCUACUCCGACGACUCACUCCCAGGGUGGGGCCUGCUCAACAACGGCAACCUCAAAUUCCCAUUCGCGCCCAAGUCUUCCUGCUAG